AUGUCGCAGAUGUCACAGCCCCCAACGAGUGCCGAGAGGCCAGCCGUGCGCGGCCACCAGUCGCAUGGAUCACGCACAUUUUCCUUCCGAUCCAACAAGAGUGGAGGAUCUCAGGCAAAAGAGGACCUCGCAGAGAGUCCACGGGAUAAAGCCCGGCGAGACAGCAUUUGGAAGGCCACCAGCAAGGCUAACCCCAACGCCGCGAUCCAGGAAAACCAGCCGGGAGUAAAUGCGGUUUUCGAAGAGAGCACCCUCGCACCGCUACGUAGCGUKCAGCACAGAGAUGCGUUUGGCAACGUCAUCACUGAUCCAGAUCUCUCGAAUCCAACCCGUCCACGCCUGGAGAGACCUCUCGAUACCAUUAGAUCGUUCGAGAAAGCCAUUGACAAUGGCUAUAGGCGCAGGUCCAACUAUCAGAGAGCUGAGUCAGAUUCCAACAUGCACCAACAGAACGACAGGCGCAACAGCGCAUAUGGUUACGAUGCCGCCCCCUCCCACAACCGAUAUGCAAAUGGCAACGGCGGUGGCUACUAUGGCGGACAACGACCAGAUAGCAUGGCCGGCGGGCCACGUCGUCAUCCCAACAACCGCAUGACAUCGGACUCAAUGAUGUACAACCAGCGACCGUACCCACACCACGCCCAACAGCCAUCGCAAGACACCGGCUCCGAUAGCACCGGACCUUGGGCCAACAGCACCGACCCAAGCAGCGAGAACAGCUCCAUAGACCGGAUUGCUCCGCCUGCAAAGCCAUAUGGUGAGAAUGGAUAUCCGCAGAACGGUUAUGCGCACAACGGUUAUGGUCCAAACGGCUUCCAGGGCCCAAUUCCUGAAGAAGGUGGCUCAUACCCGAUGCGCGGAGGUGCCCCUGCUGUGCAAGCGCCCGAACGUCGACCCAUUCCACUAGGUAACUCUGGUGAUGCUCCUCUUCCAUCCGGCAGUCUGCCCUCCACCAAGCGACCCGAAGCAGAAAAGCGGAAGAGCUGGCUAAGUCGUCGCUUCAGCAAGAAGAACUAG